CUCAGUUGCAAGUUAGCUCUCGGCCAGAUAUAACCUGUGUCACUGGUGAUAAAAUUAUUUAAACCGCGCCCGCACCGAAAUAAACCCAAAGACUUGUUAGUGCAUUUUCAUUGGCAAGCAGCGCCGAAGCAGUCGACAUGACCGGGAAAAACACAAGAAAUUUUUCCACAUACUUGCAGGAAAAGCAGAAGCGAAAAAUAAGUGGCGUCAAGAAGAAACACACAGUGUCAACGGACGGCAGCGGCCCCCUCGAUGUCUACGUUCAGGGUGAUCUGCACCAGAUGGAAAAGAAGGCACUUUUCCUCACCGUCCACGACCUGGGCACCAACCACUCCAGCUUCCACGACUUUGUGAACCACCCAUGCAUGUGCGAGAUCAAGGAACGCUCCGUUUUCAUCCACGUCGACGUACCUGGACAGGAGGACAAUGCCCCAGAUCUUUCAAAAGACUUCAACUUCCCGACAAUGGCGACCCUGGGCGAGGAUUUGGUCACAGUUCUCGAUUACCUGCACGUCAAGUACAUCAUCGGUCUGGGCGAGGGUGCUGGAGCAAAUGCACUUGCCCGCUUCGCCAUAGCUCAUCCCUCGAGGUGUCUCGGCCUGAUUCUGAUCAACUGCACAGGCUCAGCUGCUUCUGUGAUGGACCACUUUAAGGACAAAUUUAUGAACUGGAAGAGCAGCCAAGUUUCGCAGAGCGCCGAGGACUACUUGGUGUUCCACAAAUUUGGCCACCAACUGGACAACUCCACAGAAAGUGACAAAGAUAAGGUGAUCCAGGAAUACCAGAACCGAUUGCGCCAAGCCAUCAACCCCAAAAACCUGAAACUCUACGUCAACUCGUUCCUCAAUCGCAAGGACAUGCCUGCAAAGAGCAUCAAGGCCGACGUGUUGUUGGUGACUGGAGAGAGAGGUUCGUUUGCAGCUGCCGUCGAGAAGCUGCACGCCAACUUGGACAAGAGCAAGGCUACAAUGCUCAAAAUUGAUCGCGUCGGUGAUGUCAUGCUGGAGGCUCCUGAAAAGUUAGCCCAGAGCAUCCUGCUGUUCUGCAAGGGCCAAGGUCAGCUAACUUCAAUCACAAUGCCUGGAGUGGAGAGACAAAGAACCUUCUCCGGCAGCUCUGCGGAUGGUGAAGGACGCACCAGACGCCUUAGCCGAGGCAUGAGCAUGGAGGAGUAUGACAAGCCCAACAUUAGACGACUAUCCAUCACCACCCCUGGCCCUCUCCCUCAACUGCCACGUUCUGAUUAAAGAUAUAACAGCAGAUUCACUCGAUAUAACACUGGAUGGAUUUUUACCCCGAGGACGCAAAAAGAAAAUGUAUCGAGCCACACGAAAAUCCAACAUACAAAACAAACUCGCCAGAAAAGAUCCUUUUAAAUUUGAAUGAUUCUCGCAAUCAAGAUAAAUUCUUAACCGCAGUCCUAAAAAAACAGCAACCACACUCUCAUAGAAAUAUUAAUUAUUUAUAAUUCAAGAGACCAGCAGGUAGCUAAAAUUGAGAAAAGCUUUCAGAAAAAACAAAUGAAAUAUAUUGUUAUGAUAAUGUAUUAACACUAUUAUUUUAAAGACGUUGUACCUAUGAAAAUUAUUCUAAUUCAGCACACUGUAGAGAGUUGGAAAUUGUAAAAAAAAAAAUAUAACUAACCUAAAGCGCCCAGAGUAAAUGUCAUUGUUGAGCAUAAAAAAUAAAUUAACAGCAGUUGUUGCGUUUAAGAGGGAGCACGUUUAAAACAAUUAAUUAAAGAGUGGUUUAAUCUUAAGAUAAACAAGCGUAUUUUUUUUGCGAUUUAGCACUGUAGGGAAUGCAUAAUGAGAGGUUUCGUUGCUAGAAUUAGAGUCGCGAACUGGCUUGUUUUGCACCAUGAAAGAAAAUGAAAGCCUAUGUUACACACACACGCUUCUAUGCAAGUACACACAGAAACUUUAAAGAAAAUUAUUAAUGGAAGAUCCCUUAUCUUUGUAUGUUCGUGUUGGUGUUUGGCAGCAAUAGAGGCCACCUUUGUGAAUGUCGCGUAGAUGAGUUUUUCGUGCAAAUUAUUUGAUUGGCUUGUAACACUCCCAUAAAUUGAAAAUCUGCAUACAAAAAAGUUCUUUUUCGUAGCAUUUCUUCCUUUAAAUCGAAGGUUCCGCCAUUACUCACAAUUUUCAACAAGCCUAUAGGUGCCUGAUCAUUCUAAAAGAGCUAGAUGAAAGGGAAGAUGAAGCAAUCAUUUUAUUGUCUUGAAAAUUAUUAAAUAUUGUAUUCUAUAUCUUGUACAUGUCCUACCAAUUAUAGAUUAUUUCGUUCAAUAAAAUGUAUUUUGAACACAGA